AUGCAUUCCCGGUUGCUGUUGUUGUGGAUUGCCACUGUUUCGAGUACAGAACUCUUUGUGAACUACGACCAGAAGCUAGAGGACCGGCCCAGGCUAUUCACAUUGGUGAAGGAAGAGCCCGCGAAGCCAUCGACGUUUUACUGGGCAAGCGUCAAUCAUGUCCUCAGGGCUUUGGGUAUUGUCCCAGCGCUGGGGGAUGCUGUGUCGCGAAUAGCCUCUGCUGCUCGUAUGGAUAUUGCCAUACUCAAGGAUCCGUCUGUUGCCCAACUGGCCCAUGUGCGAGCGGCCAGACAUGUUGCGGCAACAGCCACUGCAUGCCUGUGGGAGAUCAAUGCUGUAGAGAUGAAUCUCACUAUGGUAUGCUGCACUGAUGAGCACUGCACGGCACACGUGGAUAAUGGAAAGACAACCUACGCGCAAACGACGACGAGCACACACACAUAUACUACAACUUACUACCAGUAUUACUACUGGACGGUGACUUGGUACUACUGGUACUACUAUUGGACAUACUCGAUCGACAUCCAGGCGUCUAUCGUGACCUCUAGUCGUUCAACCACCUGGACUACAUUCAGUGUCAAGACAACGGAUGCUGCAGCAGCUUCUGAGUAUUUCAGUUCCAAAUCUGAGACGCUGUCUCUUCCUACACCUGCUGCUGCCACGUCUCUCGAAUCCAUAGCAGGGAGCACGUCGUUUCUUUCUUCGUCGCGACGCCCUAGCCCGAACCCCGGUCCAACGGAUGAAUCAAGCAUUACCGAAGCACCUACUGCGCCGCCAUUUAGCUUUCCUGGAGAAAUUGAUGGCAGUUCUACAAGCAGUUCUAGUAGCAGCACGACGUCUCUUCUUCAUAAUGGUGGCGAUGAUGGCCCUCCAAGCAACGGAGGUGGAAACGGAGGUGGAAAUGGAGGUGGAAAUGGAGGUGGAAAUGGAGGCAAUGAUUCUUCUGGAGCGAAGCCUCUGUGGGCAUCAUCGGACUGGAAGACGGUCUGGGUUUUGGUACUUGGUGCUGGGACUGGGCUUUUGGCUGUGAUUCUUUGA